GUUGGAAGUAGCGGCAAGAAACGUAAACAAUCAGCUACAGUCAAGGAAGAAAAGAAGCAAGCAAAGAGAAAGAAGAAGCAAACAACUGGAGAUAUCAAGUGCAUCAGUUGUGACUUACAGGGUCAUUCUAAUUCUCGUUCCCUCGAAUGUUCCAACCACAUUGCUUCAAAAGAAGAAGUUAUCACCUCUACGUUUGGAGAAGGCUCUGCUGUAUUCACGAGGAAGCUCCCUCUUACGUCCGCCGUGAACCCAGCGUUUCGCCAACAAUUCCAAGAAAAAGUCGUCUCUUGUUGCACUGACAUAAGGAGAAUAGUAUUUUCUGGUCAAUCAUUUGUUAAUGCGUACCUCAUUCAUCAUCAAGAGAAAGCCAACAAAGACAGGUUCAUUCCUGAUGUAUUCUGCCAGAAAUUCUGGUAUUCAGUAGGCCAACUAUUCCCUACUAUCGAAGUAAAACACAAGCUGACCGUGGGUUAUAGUCAAUGCCUUACAGAGGCAGCAAAGGAAUUGAAUGCCUCUUACAGUAACUCCAUUGUAGAGCGCUUCGAGCAACGUUUAACAAAGUUCAUUACUUACAAAUUGAGAACCAUUCUUCCGGUAAGGCUAUACCUGAAUACCUUCUUAGUGCUCUGCUGUCUUAUCUAUCUAAUUUCCCUUUAUAUACAUUCCAGAAUAUCAAGCGGUAUGAUAUACAAAGAAUUGUGCAACUGUAUUGUUACUAAUCUAUCUGCCAUGGUUAUCCACAAUGGCCAGACAACCUCGAGCUGGCGACUGUUGAAAAAAACCGAAUUGAAGCACUUUCCAAACAAUUUGAAGAGUUCAUUCGAGAAAAAGUAACCCUCCUUUCUCUUUCUGCUUCUCCUGCCAACUUUGUUGAUGCGUUAUGGCACAUACAGUUUGCUUACGAGCAAGAACAUAUGCAGCAGAAGCCGCACGAUGUCCGUGUCCUACCACUUCCUCAGCGCUUCUUUCCCUUUCCUACUCCGUCCCUGAAAUGGCGUUUCAUUACGAUAAGUGUAAACGCUCUUACACCCUUCAUGUUUCCCGGAAAAGUUGCCAAGGGUUAUACAGCCCAACUCGAACAAUUCUGUAAAGUCUCCAACUUCAAAAGUUAGACUUCAGAAGGUAAAGUAGAUAACACUCUGCUAAAAGAUUCUGUUCUCAAGAUUAUCCUUUCACUUUUAUCGUAGUACUGUUGAGCUUAAGACAAACACAAGUGUGCUCUUCCGGAAUCUGAUUCGAUCUGAUGGCUUCACUGUAGACUUUUUAUUUAAACGUAAAAA